AUGGCUUCUCCGUCAGCUGAGGAGAGCCAAGAUAUUUCAAUAUUUCCCUCGCUGACCUUCGAUGAUGUCGGCCAAUAUGCAAAAAAGAUGUCCGGAUGCACCAGCACAGCGAAAGCUUAUAAGUUUAUGGCAGAACCUGGAUAUCUACACGAGAUUAAAGUGAUACGGGCCAACAACGCGGUGAAAAUUGCAUCGAAAUGUUUUCGUUCCAUGAAGAAGAACGAGCCACCUCAUUCCUUGGAAGUUUCUUCGAGCAUGGCUGACGGUUCUUUGUCUGGAAGGUGCUCUUGUGUGGCUGGAUCAGGAGGGUAUUGCCAUCAUGUUAUAGGGCUUCUCUAUUAUCUGGCUUUACUCAAACAACUGGGGCAUCGAACUCUGCCAGAUGAUCUAACAUGCACCAGCAUGAAGCAGCGCUGGAGUGUGCCCAGGGGGAAAAAAAUUGAACCAAAGCAAAUUCAAAAUGUGCUUGUGAAGAAACCUCAGCUAGGCGCAUCCUUUAACAAAUACAUCAAAUGCAACUUGUACUCCCCAUCACCAAUGUAUGGAACAAUGACUAAAGAGCACUUCAACAGCCUACAGCCAAAGCCUCUGUUUGCAACCCUUGUUCCUUCUGAGCAGGACCUGAGAUCUGUUUCAUUUGUCCCAAGCAAGUUUGGAAAUGUCCCCAAAGGAUGUUUGAUUUCUUAUCAGCAAAAAAUGUCUUCAGACUAUGUGAUUAAUGAUUUUACCUGCACUGCAUUUCCAGAAUUACCACUCGAGAGUGCAAAAGAUAGAUUUGAAAAUAAUGUAUCUGUGUGCCUGGAGGCAAACCAACAAGCCCUAUUUGACUCUCUUUCUGUCACAAGUGAGAUUUCUCUUAAGGUACAAGAACAAACAAUUACUCAAAGUUCAAGCGAGACAUGGCAUCUUCUGCGAAAGAAGCGGAUCACAGCAAGCAAGUUUGGUACAGUUGCCCGGCGAGUUUCGAAUUUUGAAACCCUUGUUAAUCAGCUGAACCCGACAAGAUUUGUUCAAACUCCAGCGAUGAAGAGGGGUGUGGAACUUGAACCCCAUGCAGCAACAAUCUAUGCUAAUGUAGCAAAAAAUGGCAGAGUAAAUCUAUUUCCAUCAGGAUUAAUUAUACACCCAAAAUGCCCAUGGUUAGGAUGCAGCCCUGACCGGAAAGUUUAUGAUUUAGAUGCCCUUGGUAGUGACCAGAACCCCUUUGGGUUACUGGAAGUUAAAGUUGUGAAGGAGGAGGCAACCUCAUUUGAUGAUGUGAGGUAUCUUACUAAGGAUAAUAUUAACCAGUAUUCUCUGAAGAAGAACGACAUUUAUUAUUACCAGGUCCAGUGCCAGUUGGGCCUCACUGGUCUAGACUGGUGUGAUUUUUUUAGUUACAUGAACGAUGACAUGUUUGUCUGCACAAGAAUCCUUUUUGAUCCAAUUUUUUUUCAGGGAGCUAAAGAUAAGGUGGACAAUUUUUUUUUCAAUUACUAUCUAAGCUGA